GUCUGUGGGAGGUCCCGGGGGAGGAUGAAGCAGUGAGCGGGUCUGGGCCGCUGCCGGCAGCGCCAUGGAGACGGUGCAGCUGAGGAAUCCGCCGCGCCGGCAGCUGAAAAAGUUGGAUGAAGACAGUUUAACUAAACAGCCAGAAGAAGUGUUUGAUGUCUUAGAGAAACUUGGAGAAGGGUCCUAUGGCAGCGUAUACAAAGCUAUUCAUAAAGAAACUGGUCAGAUUGUGGCUAUUAAGCAAGUUCCUGUGGAGUCAGAUCUGCAGGAGAUAAUCAAAGAAAUCUCUAUUAUGCAGCAAUGUGACAGCUCUCAUGUAGUCAAAUACUACGGCAGUUAUUUUAAGAACACAGACUUGUGGAUUGUGAUGGAGUACUGUGGGGCUGGUUCCGUGUCUGAUAUUAUUCGAUUACGAAAUAAAACAUUAACAGAAGAUGAAAUAGCUACAAUAUUACAAUCAACACUUAAGGGACUGGAAUACCUUCAUUUUAUGAGAAAAAUACAUCGGGAUAUCAAGGCAGGAAAUAUUUUGCUAAAUACAGAAGGACAUGCAAAACUUGCAGAUUUUGGCGUAGCAGGUCAACUUACAGAUACCAUGGCCAAGCGAAAUACAGUAAUAGGAACACCAUUUUGGAUGGCUCCAGAAGUGAUUCAGGAAAUUGGGUACAACUGUGUGGCAGACAUCUGGUCAUUGGGAAUAACUGCUAUAGAAAUGGCUGAAGGAAAACCCCCAUAUGCCGAUAUCCAUCCAAUGAGGGCAAUCUUUAUGAUUCCUACCAACCCCCCUCCCACAUUCCGAAAGCCAGAACUGUGGUCAGAUAACUUCAUGGAUUUUGUGAAGCAGUGUCUUGUAAAGAGCCCUGAGCAGAGAGCAACAGCCACUCAGCUCCUGCAGCACCCAUUUGUCAAGAGCGCCAAAGGAGUGUCGAUACUGCGGGACUUAAUUAACGAAGCCAUGGAUGUGAAACUGAAACGCCAGGAAGCCCAGCAGCGGGAGGUGGACCAGGACGAUGACGAAAACUCAGAGGAGGAUGAACUGGAUUCUGGCACGAUGGUUCGAGCAGCAGGUGAUGAGAUGGGCACCGUCCGAGUAGCCAACACCAUGAGUGAUGGAGCCAAUACUAUGAUUGAGCACGAUGACACAUUGCCCUCACAGCUGGGCACCAUGGUGAUCAAUGCAGAGGAUGAGGAAGAGGAAGGGACUAUGAAAAGAAGGGAUGAGACCAUGCAGCCUGCAAAACCAUCUUUCCUUGAGUACUUUGAACAAAAAGAAAAGGAGAAUCAGAUCAACAGCUUUGGCAAGAGUGUUCCGGGCCCACUGAAAAACUCUGCAGAUUGGAAAGUGCCCCAGGAUGGAGACUAUGAGUUUCUUAAGAGUUGGACGGUGGAGGACCUUCGGAAGAGGCUCUUGGCCCUCGACCCCAUGAUGGAGCAGGAGAUUGAAGAGAUCCGGCAGAAGUACCAGUCGAAGCGGCAGCCCAUCCUGGAUGCCAUUGAGGCCAAGAAGCGGCGGCAACAGAACUUCUGAGCAAGGCCAGGCCAGGAGGGCCCCGAUCCCGCACGGCCUUCGGGGAGCCCGGGAUUGUCACCACUCGAACUUGCUAGCCACCACUCCUGCGCCCUCGUUUCUCCACGGCACCUUUGUGAACUCAGGAAUGUGCGCCAGAGGGAAGGGCCGCCUCGCCACCUUGGUGUGUGGGUCUAAAUCGGUCAGGCGUGUUAUUUCAAAGGACUUCUAUCGGCGCUUUCAAACUCAGAGUUUUCAACCCCAGGAACAGAGACUCCUAGUUGAGUGAUAGCUGGGAAGGUUUUACAUUGUCUGCUGUUUUUCUUCUCUCAAUAGCUUUCAAUUGUUCUUUCUGAAAGACUUUUUUAAAAACUAUAAAUAUGCCUAUAUAUAAAUUAUCGCUAGAUUCCCCACUCAGUGUGGUGGCAUCUCUGUACAGGUACAGUUUUAAACAGUUUGCCUCUUUUCUGUAAGAUUACGGUACUGUGGAACACGAGGGCAGGGACACCGGGGCCGUCAGGGACCCUUGCCUCCCAGGAGCCAACCUCACCCUUUGGCAGAGCUGCACUUAAAAAUUAGGUUCGGGCCAGGUUUCGCCACGGUCUCCGCCUCAUGCGGACCAUCCCCGGCUCCUGGAGCUGUAGGUGACAUCCAAGGGAAAGCUCGGGGGUCGCGCUGACCUUUUGAGUCCCAGGAGAAGCCUGGCACUCUCGUUGCAAAUUGGCCUCUGCGGCUUCAGCGCUUUUCAUCCACCUCCAUCCUCCCAACUGCCCAAAGUUGCAGCACAGACACUGCCCAGUGCCUUAGGGGAGACACGACCCAGUGAGGGGACAGGCCGACCAGGAACUCUCAGCAAACGGGGCUGUGUUCCGCCCACAACCGGGGAAGGUUUUCCAAGUUCUCAUUGUUCAUGUGAAGAUCACACGUGUGGCAUUUUGCUCCACACGCCUUACAGGGGUAGAAGGCAUUGAUUUUGUGAUCUGCAUUCAAAUACAUGACUGUUUUAAAAAUUUUUUUUACUGCUAAGGGGUCUGGAAAGGAUAGUGAACAUCAGGCUAAGAUUUGUACUCCAGGAGCCUCACCCCAGACCCGUGGAAUGCCAGAGCUGGAAGGGGCCCUCGACGUCAUCUGGUCUGACUGAGGCUGGGGGAGGGCAAGUGACAUGGCCCAAGUCACACAGCAAGUUUAAGUAGGAGCGGGACCUACACCUCGGGCCCCUCACCUGGUGCACUGACCAAGCAGCCCCUUCUCCGAGGGAAGAAGCUGACGUCAGUUUGGGUUCAGUUGCACCAGGGAAGCCUGCUAAUGGGAACUGGCUCUUGCUUUGUCACUUCAGUGGGCGAGGCUACGAAGAGAUUCCCAGCAGAGCCAGAUCAUCCCAAGUCAGGAUUCCGUGGCCUCUGCACCAUCUGCCAGUAGCAGACAGGCCUCAUGCAGGCAGACAUAGGGCCAAACGCAAAGCAGAGGGCCCGCAAAAGACAGCACUGAGCCCCUCUGCAGGGUUAGCUCAGGCUACCUGUCAUUUAGUCACACAACAAAGAGGGGACAAAUGUGAAUGCAUUUGGGAAUGCCGUUGGGAAAAGCAAAUGCAUUUUUAUUUUCAAACACCUCUUCCUUUCAGAUCAGGGGCUAUGACCGUGUUGCACCUAAGGAUACUGCAAUUUGACUCCAUAAUUGUAUUUGCUUCCCAAACCUGGGAAUCAAUGGAAGGCAGGGGAUGUUCCUCUUCUGUGGCCAUAUCCUAUUCUCUGCAAUUAAAGCAAGUCUUAAAAAAUGCAGGAGGCCAUUGCUGGUCUGCAGGGCUUGGCCAGCUGAGCAGCUGUGUGGCCGAUGCAGAGAACAGAGGACAGUUGGAGGUUCCCACUGGACUAGUGAAUGACAGCUGGCACUUGUGGACCACUUACGGUUUGCCGGGCACGGAGCUCAGCAGGCUUUUGCUCUCAGCUCCAAACUUCAUGGGGGACUCUGCAAGUUCAGUACUUUGCCUCCACUUAUUAGAUGGAGAAAGUUUCAGAGAGGGAAAGUGUUCUUUCCCAAGCAGCACAGCCAGUAAGCGGGAGACUCAGGGUUUGUAGUGUUGCUGUGUGGGACCAGUACUUACAGGGGAAAGUCUUUUUAAAAUGAAGUGACCACCUUUUCCCGCACAGACUCUUAACGGGCAUUUUUAAGUUGGGAAGCAGCUGAAUUAGUCAAAUCUGAAAGCCAAGUGAGUUUUAAAAACCAAAUCGUGGAGCAGGCUCUCCCUCAUACCAUCUGCUGUGCUAAUUAUAACAGUCCUGCCUCGGUCUCUUUCUUUUUUAAAAAGGACUUCACACUUGGCCAGACAAGGCAUUUUCUCCUAUCCUAAGCUAGAUUAAGUAAAAGAACGUUCAGUUUUUCCCCCAUAAAUAUUCUUGAACCUUGAUCUGGAGUUUAUUUUGUUUCAAGUAUGUGUGCACCCAACAUACUGGUCCAGCAAAGUACAUUGCUCUCCAGUCUAGCGAGACAGGGUCCUUUGCCAGAAAUCAAUUUCUUUUGGAUCAGAUAAACUUCCUGACAAGGUGUGUUUGUUUUCUAGUGACAGGGAGGCAGAGGAGCAAACCCUCAUGUUUUUCCUUGAAUAUGAAAUUCAAGGUAGACCAGUUGGCCUUCAUCGAGCCCUGAGCAAUGGCCAACUGCUUGAGCACUUGUGACCUGAGCUUCCAGGGAACUCACUGCCCAUUACUUGUUCUCUCCUUCUAAGGAACAAUGACCCACACCCAAUGGUGUCUUUAAAAAAAUCUCGAUUCUCUAAAAAUAUCUUAAUGGCUUCCUCAACCAUAAUUUUAAAACAGAUUUUUAUUUUUCUGUUGUCCCUUUUCCCAGCCAUUGGCUUGGUGGAUGAAUGUUUGACUGGCUAGAUAGAUAGAUAGGCAGACCGACCCAAUGCUCUGAAGCAACCUAAGAAAUACAGCCGUCACUUCUUGAGACUAUACAUUCUGAUCCAGGUAACAUUUAUUUAGCACCUAGCAUUUAAAACUCAAUAGCUCUUACCAACAUCAGGAAUGAGAGAGGUCCUUAUAGAUCCUACAGAUAUUAAAAGCCUAAUAUCAUGAACAACUUAAUGCUGAUAAAUUCAACAAUUUCGAUGAAAUGGACAAAUUAAUUGGAAGAUACAAAGUACUAAACUCAAGAAGGAACAGAUAAUCUGAAUAGUCCUGCAUCUAUUAAAACAUAAUAGCUCUGGGAGAUACAGGUAGUGUCCUCUCUUAUAGAAAAGGAAACAGGCUCAGGGAGUUCAGGUCUGUUGCUCAAGGAAACGCAGCAAGAAUAUGGCAGAGCCAGGCUUCAAAUUCAGUUCUGACUUGUACCCCAGUGCCCUUUCUAGUGCACCAUGUUGCCUCUAAGGAUCGCAGCUCCUUAUUUACUGGAAAAUUGUUCCUGCCCGACCCACACCCUUCGACCCCGGCCUUUCUUAGGCACCACGUUUGUGUUUUCAUCAGGAUUAUUGUAGUCAUCAUCUUUGGAAUCCAUGUUUUUAUUUGUGUUUGGGAAAAAAAAACUCUUCCACCAGCUUGCACUCACACCAACUUGGGAAAAAAAAUACUGUUGCAAAUGUACAACUUAAAAAUGUGAAUUUUGUAGCUUUAACUUUUUGUAACAAAAACUAAUUAACACUGGCUUAAGUGCUGACUUGAAAUGCUGUUUUAUAAGAUUUGGAUGUAAAUAAUCACUGAAGUCAGCAGUUUGUAUAUGUAUGAAACAGCUUCCUUCAUUGCCUUUUUUUUUUUUUUUAAUUUGAGAUGCUUCCUAAGUGCUUUUAUGUUGGAAUUUUUUCUCUCCUUCUUCCUAUACC